AUGAGCAAGACGCUGUCGCUACCCCGACACCUUUCACGAGGCGCCAAGACUGCCCUGCGAAACCCUACCAAACUGCGGCAAUAUGCAUCAGUCUCCAACUCUCCCUCCGAGCGAGAUCCGACAGAGCUCGACAAGAUAACAACCCUCAACAACGGCAUCAGAGUAGCGACUGAGGAUCUGCCUGGACAUUUCUCUGGUAUUGGAGUAUACAUCGACGCCGGCUCACGAUACGAAAAUGAAGCCCUUCGCGGAGUGUCACACAUCAUCGAUCGACUCGCCUUUAAAUCCACAACGAAGCGAAGCGCAGACCAGAUGCUGGAAUCGAUGGAGAAUCUGGGAGGGAAUAUCCAGUGCGCAUCAUCAAGAGAAAGCUUAAUGUAUCAAUCAGCGACCUUCAACUCUGCAGUCCCCGACGCGGUGGCGCUGCUGGCAGAAACGAUAAGAGAACCAAACAUCACAGAAGAAGAGGUGGAGAGACAACUGGAGACGGCAGAUUAUGAAAUUGGCGAAAUCUGGGGGAAGCCUGAGCUGAUACUGCCGGAACUGGUACAUAUGGCUGCGUACAAGGACAACACACUGGGCAACCCACUACUCUGCCCCAAAGAAAGACUGGAUGUCAUAGAUCGACGCACAGUUGAGGCUUAUAGAAAGGCCUUCUUUCGACCAGAGCGGAUGGUGGUCGCUUUCGCGGGAGUCGACCACGCAGAUGCAGUCAAGCUCACACAACAAUAUUUUGGCGAUAUGACCGACCCAGCGAGCUCCUACACUUCAUCGACCGAGUCGCAACACGCGCAACAAGUCCAACCGCCAUAUCCAACUUCUCAAGUCCCACCGCAGAACGACUCCAGGCUGAUGUCAAGAUUACCAUUUCUGAAGAACCUCUCGACGUCUGCUUCGCAAAAGGCCACCGUCUCUCCGCUCGACCCAUCUCAAAUCAUCCCUCAUCCACUCGAGCAGCCUAUCGACUACGACGUCCCAUCCCAUUAUACUGGUGGCUUCCUCACAUUACCUCCUCUGCCCAUUCCUCCGAGCCCGGCUCUCCCUCGGGUAUCACACAUCCAUCUGGCAUUCGAAUCUCUUCCAAUCUCUUCGCCAGACAUCUACGCUCUGGCGACUCUGCAAACACUUCUGGGAGGAGGAGGGUCGUUCUCCGCUGGUGGACCUGGAAAAGGGAUGUACAGCCGCUUGUACACUAAUGUUUUGAACCAAUACGGCUGGGUCGAGAACUGCGUCGCUUUCAACCACGCUUAUACCGAUUCUGGCUUGUUUGGCAUUUCAGCAAGCUGCGCAACCCAGUUUGUACCUCGCAUGCUCGAUACGAUGGCCCGUGAGUUGAGUCUAUUGAGUACAGAAACUGGACUUGGUAGACUUUCCGAGAUCGAAGUCAACCGCGCCAAGAACCAACUACGCUCGUCGCUCCUCAUGAACCUGGAAUCCCGUAUGGUCGAGCUCGAAGAUCUUGGCCGACAAGUUCAGGUCCACGGUCGACGUGUUCCAGUCAAGGAGAUGGUGUCGAACAUCGAAAACGUGACGAUGAAGGAUCUCAGGCGUGUUGCGAAGCAGGUUUUCAGCGGCCAAGUAAAGAACCGCGGAAACGGAUCCGGAGCGCCGACAGUGGUGUUGCAACAAGGCGAAGAGGAGAAUGUGACGCUUCGCGAUAUCCCAUGGAAUGAUAUUCAAGAGAGGAUAGCGAAGUGGGGUCUGGGUAGGCGGUAG